GGCAGGUUGGAAUGUGGUUCGGGAGCGUCAGAAGGAGAGCGCCCGGCGCGCCCUUACACUGAGUCAAGAUCUUUGGGCUGAAGGCCCAGCUGACCAGAAACGGAUCUACUUUGAGAAGUCGCUCGGGAAGAAGUAUUUGCUUGUUUUGCUCCACUUGAAAGAGCUUUUCGCAGUCGGCGUGACAGAGGUCUUUCAUGGACAGCCAGCAGGUUACUAUUCUCGGUUUUUCGACAACAAGGGGUCUCCCAAGAAACCAGCUGAGCAAGCUGAGGAAGGGGCGGACUCCAUAAUGGAUAUUGAGUUGGAGGUAGUGGAAGCGGAUCCGCCCAAGAUCCCUCCAAGGAGACAAGCAGAAAUUGCGCCUGCGCUUGCGGAUGAGGAAGGGUGCUGAGUCACCUUGUUGGUCAAUGGCCUCGAGCGAUGAUGAGUCUUCCACUUGGACGCGGCCACGUGGCAGAGGCGGCUCGAGUGACAGCGGCAGCGCCGAUGAACGGCAAGCAGUUCCUGACGGCGCAGUGAUUGUUCAGCACACCGUGUCUGCUGAGGCCUCUGCUGUAGUCAAAAGCCAGGGUGCAAAAGGCUCAGAAGCUGCGGCUGCACCGUUGGAGAAGAAGAAGAAACCAAAUCGCCCUUCAAAGAAGAAGAGAGAAAAGUUCAAAGCCCGAACUGCAGCAGAGAAGUCGUCCGCUGGCGCUGUGCGCUCAGUGGCGCUUGCUUGCGCCAAAGCUUCUUCUUCAGGACGGCGCGGGGCUUCUGUGCGCGCGGCCGCAGCUGCGGUAGCUAGCACUUCCUCUGCGCCGAGAAAGGCGUCUGCAGGGGCGCGUGGUGGCAAAGGCAGUGGCAGCCGCAGCAGCGCGUCUGGAAGCGACUGUGAAGCACUGGAGGGGCCUGUCACUGUCACCUCCCAACCUGGGCGAAAAGUCCAGAAGGUGAGGCUGACGAUGAAUUUUUCUUAGGGCAGCUUUGAGCUGAGUUUGCAGUUAGCAGUGAGCAGGC